GGAUAAAUAGGUUUCGUGAUUGAUAAGUGUUUGGUGUUGGCAACAUUGCUUACCAUAUACAUCCUUAUCAUAUCAAUGUACUUGGAUGUUGACCUGAGGCGGCAGUUACGAAGCUAAACAUAGAACACUUUAAAAAGCGUAUUCCUAUCCAUUAGUACAUGUUCUACGUUUAGGGGGAAAAGUAUUCACGAUUAAUAUUUAUGUUAGCUUACAAACUUAUUUUCUAAGAGCAUUUACACAAUGAAUAAUACUUCACCUCUAAUAAAUAUAUGCCGGCUAGAGUGAUUAUCAUUGCUUACUAGAAAAAGGCUACUCAACAAGUUUGAAUUCCAUUAUGCUUUCAUCCCGUAGCAACAGGUGUCUUCAAUUCGUACGAUGUUAUCAUCAAUUUAAAGUUCAAAAUAAUUUGCCUUCGGUUUGUAAACAUCGCAUUUUCUCAUUUAGAGAAAGAGAUUUUUUAUCCAAGCCCUUAAGAAAAUACAUUUCUAACAGCAUUCAACGCAGAACGUUUCUGCAACGUACUUCCUGUGAAUAUUAUACUUCAACAAAACUAGGUACAAUGGCCAAUGCAGCUGAUGAAGAAAUUGAUGGCAACCAAAUUAUGGCUGAGUGUCUCCGAGAACAAGGAGUUGAAUAUGUAUUUGGUAUAUUGGGUAUACCCGUCAUUGAAUUGAGUAUGGCAUUUCAAAAACAAGGUAUUCAAUUUAUUGGUAUGCGAAAUGAACAAGCUGCUGUCUAUGCUGCUCAAGCAAUUGGCUAUUUGACUCAGAAACCAGGAGCGUGUAUGGUGGUAUCUGGUCCUGGAGUUCUGAAUGUCACCGGAGGAAUGGCUAAUGCACAAGUUAAUUGCUGGCCACUUUUAGUGAUUGGAGGUUCUUGCAGUGUUGACCAUGAAGGCAUUGGAGGUUUCCAAGAAUGUCCCCAAGUAGAAUUAAUGCGACCAUAUUGUAAAUAUGCAGUGAGGCCUGCGACUCAGGUAUUGAUACCCCAACAUGUUGAGAAAGCUGUCAGGCUUUCAAGAUAUGGCAGACCAGGUGUGAGUUACUUGGACGUCACUAGUAACCUUUUAACGGGUUCAGUCAGGCGAGAUAAGGUAAUGACAGUUCCACCAUGUCCAGAUCCACCAGUGCUACACCCUGACCCAAAGUCAAUUGAAGCUGCUGCGCUGCAGAUCACAAAGGCUAAAAGGCCACUUGUUAUUGUUGGUAAAGGUGCCAGUUAUGGGCGGUGCGAGAAAGAGGUGUUUGACUUGGUUAACUCUACUGGACUGCCGUUUCUUCCAACACCAAUGGGGAAGGGUGUUGUUCCUGACAGUCACCCCUUAAGCGUAGCUACUGCUAGAACAAGUGCCCUACUGGGUGCUGAUACUAUCCUCCUUCUCGGAGCACGUCUCAACUGGAUGUUACAUUUUGGGAAGCCUCCUCGAUUUAAUAAGGAUGUAUCUAUAGUUCAGGUUGAUAUCUGUGCUGAAGAAUUGCAUAACAGUGUCACGGCAGCUGUUGCGAUACAAGCAGAUAUCGGAGCUACUACAAAUGCCUUACUUAAAGCUCUAGGCAGUUGGAAAUUCAGUCAAAAUUCCGAAUGGUGGACAGAACUUCGACAAAAAUGUGAUAAAAACAAAAAAGUUGUCUCUGAAAUGGCCAAGGACACCUCUGUACCUCUCAACUAUUAUACUGUAUUCCAUCACAUGCAGGAGAUAAUUCCUAAAGACAGUAUAAUCGUCAGUGAAGGAGCCAACACAAUGGACAUUGGCCGUGGAAUGUUAUUCAACGAGUUUGCUCGUCAUAGACUAGAUGCAGGAACGUUUGGAACAAUGGGAGUGGGACCUGCUUUUGCAAUUGCUGCAGCUCUUCACUGUCAAAAGAAUCAUCCAUCUAAAAGGGUGAUCUGUGUGGAGGGUGAUUCCGCUUUUGGAUUUUCGGGAAUGGAAGUGGAAACUAUGUUUAGGUACAAACUUGGUGUUAUAAUUGUGAUUGUAAACAACAAUGGAAUUUAUGGCGGUCUUGACAAAGAAACGUAUGAAGAAGUUCGAUCUGAAGGAGAAAUCGGAUAUGUGUCACCCCCAUCAUGUCUCACACCAGAUGUACAUUACGAAGAAAUGGUUAAGCUCUAUGGUGGGAAGGGUUUCUUUUGUAGAACUGUUCCUGAAUUACAAAAUGCCUUGCAGGAAGCUUUAAAGAUUAAAGAUGCUCCUACCAUAAUCAAUGUGAUGAUAAAUCCAUCUGCUGGAAGGAAAGCACAAUCAUUUAACUGGCUGACUGAAUCAAAAUUGUAACAUACCAAAGAUCCGUCCUGGUUUAUAAUUAGUUAAAAACUGGUGCUUGAUUUGUUAAUAUAUGUUAUAUUAUUUUUAAUAGGUAAAGAAUAUGUUUAUUUUGUAAUAAAAUGUUUGGAACAUAGUGUUUAAGAGUUAUUGUUGUUAAUCUGUUUCCUCUUUCAAUUACCAUUAC